GGUUAAGAGUCAGAGGAAUCUCUGAUUAAUAUUUUGGGUUUCAAAAUCAGCAUAGCAGGGCUGUGUGUUACAGUUAACCAGAUAUUCUCAAUACAUUACACCAUAUAUACUGGAUAUAUAUGGGAUUUUACUUUGAUAAUGUUAAUGUUUGUUAAUAAAUUUCAUAAUUUUACAUGCCAGGUUUUUAUUUUAUUUUAUUUUUUUAUCUGUGUCUAAUAUUUUAUAAAUAUUUGAUGUGUUGGAUUUGUUUAUCAAGUUUUUAAACAGAUGGUUCAGUGCAUCAAUCAUUUCACUUUCAUAAUAUCUUUCGUAACUGACAAUUCUAUUUUCUAACUGAAAUAAGGGAUAAUAAUGUUUUCUUCCAAUUUUUCUCUAUUCGCACACCCUUUUAAAAAUCAGAAAUAGAUUCAUUUGUACUUACGACUAAUGAUACCGCUGGACACACACAUAAUAUGUAUGUAUUGGUAAUUCGCUACACCUCUACAGCAGGUUUGAUGCUACUAUAUAAUACGAUGCACAUAAAACAUGAAUUGCCCAGUCUAUGUUAAAUGUCUUAGACCUUUGGAUUGCAUCUGGUCUCUAUUUGAUUCACUUGAUCAUAUAUUGUAUGCAAGAAUAUUUCCUUCAUGUUGUUAGAAGUUGUUUAUGAUGAGUUGUUUUGUUUCUUUUUUCCUCUUAUUAAUGAAAAAGGAAUUCAAACUCUUGCGGAUUGUAAAUCAGGCUUUGAAAAAGCAACCUGUAUUGUUUUAUGAUAUGUUAUGGUUCAGCACUUCUUCCUUUAUAGUGUAUGUAGAAGCUCUUCACAGGUCUAGAUUAAUUAUAUUGUUAAUAAUCUAUUUUAGAAACAUUUUCUGGUUUGAUAAUGAAAUAAGUCACAUAAAUCACUACUUUCUUGGCAAGAAAGCAUAGGGUACAACAGUCUGAUGAUCAUAUCUUUGAUCAAGUUAUCAUUUUAGUCUUGAUUUCUGCUUGAGUUACAAAUGAAUACAAUUCAUUAAAUUAUCUUCUGUGACAGACAGUUCUGAACAUUGAAUAUCAUUUUUAACCAGUUCUUAUUUUUUGUUAUUUGCAGAUGUCAAAUAGAAGGUAAUGUAUACAUAUUCUGGUCAUUUGUAGAUCCCCCCCCCCCUAUAAAUCUCUAAAACGUAAAGUGAUGUAUUACAUGUAAAUUAUUAGUACUUCGAACAUGUAAAUUAUUAGUACUUAGAACAUUUAAUUGAUGGAGAAACUGAGAUUUACGUUUUUGAAUAGUGGAAGUACAGACAAUGACUGACUCCAUGAUCUUGACAAUUGACGCACUCAUUGAUAUGUAGACUAAAGCAAAGCAUUCAAGACAGUGAAAUGUUUUUCAUCCUUGUGAAUUGGUCAUUGAGAUAUCCUUGUUACGAAUACAUCAUGUUAUAUUUCAGGAAACCAACAAGUACAAAGAGAGCAGAUUCAGAUGAAGAGCGUGAAACAAAUGGUGCUGAUGAUUCUGAUAACCAGAUGGAAUACUUGCCAGAAGGAACAGUUGUUGUAAAUCCUGAACCUGUUGAAAAGAAAGGAACGUUUACAGGACCAGAAUUCCGUUCAAAGAAGAAAGAGUCCAGUAUAGAUUUUAGUUCCAAGGGCCUAGGUAGAGUGUCUUGUACAGCAUGUGGGGAGCAAGUCAACACCAACAAAUCUGGCAGCGUGAGGAAACACCCUCAGCUAAAGGUCUUAGUUUGCAAGAAUUGCUACAAAUACCACACCAGCGGACCAAUAUCUCAAGAUGCGGAUGGGUUGGAUGAACAGUGUAGAUGGUGUAGUGAGGGAGGAAAGUUGUUUGGGUGUGAUUUCUGUCACAAUGCCUUCUGCAAGAGUUGCAUCAUCAGGAAUUUAGGGAGAUCUGAAAUCAGCAUUGUUACAGAAGAUGGUAAGCAAUGGAAAUGCUAUGUAUGUGAUAGCACAGCAUUAAAGCCUCUGCGGAAAGAAUGUCAGAGAGUCUUGAGUCACAUGGAGGCCGAGGAAAAGAAAACCAAGGAAAAAAUGAAACAACAGCAGGGAGCAAUAAAUGGUGCCACCAAGUCUAAGGAUUCUAAAAUGGAAGCCUCAGAAUUUAAGUCAGGAAACAAAGCUAGCAAACCUACAGAAAACAAACAACUGAUGAAGGUUAUGACUACCAGCAAUACAUCAUCUCGUUCCUCAUCUCCCAGUGAAUUCCAAAAAGCCAUUCUUACUCAGCCACAUGCUGGAACAACAAUCAAUACAGAGAAAAUUGUAGUAGAUCCUAAUAGUGGCAAGACCACAAAGUUUGAGAUGGUGUAUCCGAAUGCUAAUAUCGUACGGACUCAGAGUAAGCCUUUUGCACGGCCUAUACAAUCAAUGUCGUCCAACCUUCCCACUGAGGGUCCAUCUAUGUCAUUUACUGGACUUUUGCCUGGAAAUGUUCAUAGUAUCACUUCUAACUUGCUUUCAAUGACAGACAAUCUUCAACAAUUACUGAAAAAUAUACAGGAAAAUGUUAUAGCAGAAUCAAAUUUAGAUAAAUUACCAUUUGAAAUUUCUCUCCGAACAUUGAGUCAAGAGCAGCUGAAAGCCCGUCUUUCGGCUGUAAGUUGUGUAAAAAGUGGUGUUAACCUGUUUUUACAAGAAAUGGCAAUGAAGACGUCUGCUGCAGGAGUGAAAGCAAUGAAUCUAAGUCAACAAGGAUCUCAUCCAGCACUUGCUUCUGUCUUGCUAACAGGAAGUCCUUUGGAUAGAAAUGGUUCAUCAAUGAAAGUAGAAACUCCUCAGAAGUUUGAUAAACCAGGCGGAGCAAAUUCUCCCUUGGUAACUAGUACCCCUAAAGCCAAAGCCGAGGAGGAGGAUUCAGAUGUUGUUGUGCUUAGUCCUUCGCCAAUGGAAACCGAUAGUCAAAAACUGGAUGCAUCAAAUGCAAACUGUACGUCACAGGAUGAUAAUGACAGUACAAGGGUUACAGAGAAUGCUAAAGCUGAACAAGAACUGAUAAAGGAUGCUGCUGAAGAAGUAGGAAGUGAAAAUGAGGAUUCACAUCAUGAAGAAUCCAAAGAAAAGAAGGAGAAAAAAGGAAAAGGAAAACUGGUUGUAAAAUUAAAAAUGGUAUCCAAAAAAGUCAAGAGUGGAAAGUCUGAGCCAGUGGAAGAGGAAGGGGAUUCAACUAAAGAUAAUGAAGAUGUUUCUUCCACAACAAAAGAGGACGAAGGAGAGGAGAGUUCCACAAGGAAAACCAGAAACAAAGGCAUAGAUGGAACAGAUUCCGAAGCAUGCAAACCAAUCAGGAAAAAACGAUGUAAGUCUCAAGACACAAACAGUGAUUCAGACAAAAACCAGACCAGAGGUAAAGAUCAGUCCAAAACUGAUACAGAUAAAAAGACUGACAAAGGGGAUUUGAGUUUGAAAAAGACCAAAAAUGCAUCAAAGGUGAAAAGGGACAAAAGUAAUGGUAAUGAGAAAUCUAAGGAUGUUGAUACAACAGAUAAGGAUGACAGCGAAAGUGAUGACACGGAGAAGGAGAGUGAUGACGGUGACGACAGUGAUGAUGAAGAUUUUAACGUGUCAAAGCCCCGUCGUUCCUCCAGAAAGUCAAAUAGAUCAGCAUCGGAGAAAAAGCCUGCAAAAAAGAAAAGGAAAGAGGUUGAUUCAUCUGAUUAUAAUUCAGACCUCGAGAAAGACAUUGAAAAAUUAGCCAAGACCCCUGCUAAGUCUUCAAAGUCUCGGACAACCAAGAAGACAGCCAAAAAGGAGAAAUCCUCCAGCAAGUCAAAAGCAUGUGAUAGAAAAAAGAAAACCGACAAAAAAAAAGGAACUUCAGGGGGUGAAAGCUCUUCUUCUGAUGCUACGGAGGAAGAUACUGACAAUACGGAAGUUGAUGAGCCAGAGGGAGAAAUCGACAUGGAUUGCUCAGCAAAUGCCAAAGCCAAAGAGGAGUUGUUAAAAGAAAUGGAAGAAGAGGUGACAGAUGAGGAGGACAAGGACAGCAGCAAUGAUGAGGAGGAGGACAAGGACAGCAGCGAUUCUGAGGUCAUAAUUACACCAAGAAAAACAAGGAAGGCAGUAAAGAAGGGAAAGUUAUCUAUUGACUCUGAAAGUGAGACAGAAGAAGAUGUACCAAAAAGAAAGAGGAAGAAGGAUGACCUUCUGGAUGCUAAACUUUCAAGCAGUGACUCAGAUGUUGUACCCAAAAGCAAAAGGAAGAAGAGGAAAGCAGAAUCUUCCAGUAGUGAGAAAAAUGAAACAGACAGCGAGGAAGAAUUUAUCACAUUAGGAAAGAAGAAGAAAAAGCCGGCUAAAGGUGGUAAAAAGAAGGCAGGCACGGGGAAAGCUAGGAAGAGGCGAAGAAUCAAAGCUCCUAGCAGUUCUGAUGACGAAGAAGCUGUCAGUGACGAAGACAACGAUGAGGCUGAAAGUGGAUCUGGGGACGAUGAUGAUCCUGAUACACCAAAGAGACUGAAAAGGAAGAAGAUAAGGAAGAUUAAAUCUGAAAAGAAAUUGACCUCUGUGACCAAGUCAGCUGUUAAAGCUGAAGAAGAAAGAAGAAGGAGGAUAGCAGAAAAGCAGAAAUUGUUCAAUGGUAUUGUGCAAGAAGUGGAUGAGUCAUCUCCCACCAAGUGCCCUCUAACAAAGCAGCUAGUUUUGGACUUUGAAGAAGAGACCAAGAAACCUCUCAUUGAAGUGGAUAAAGGACUAGUUGUUAAACUGAAACCCCACCAAGUUGAAGCUGUACAAUUUGUUUGGGAUUGUACAUAUGAAUCACUGAAAAGAGCUAAAAAGGAGGAAGGAUCUGGUUGCAUCUUAGCUCACUGCAUGGGUCUUGGAAAAACCUUAUCCCUAAUAACGUUUAUUCAUACCAUGCUAACCAAUAGCAAGAAGACAAAGGUGAGCACCUGUCUUAUCGUGGCCCCCCUAAACACCGUCCUUAACUGGCAGUACGAGUUUGAAAUGUGGCAGGAAUUUACCAGAAAGGAAGUAGAUGUGUAUGAGAUAUCUUCAGUGAAGCAGAAUGUGGAUCGAGCUACAGCGCUAAAGAACUGGCACAGCGAUGGUGGAGUGAUGAUCUUGGGAUAUGACAUGUUAAGAAACCUCACACAAGGCAGUCACUGUAGAAGCAAAAACCAGAAGAAAAUAUUCACUGAAACCCUGGUGGACCCAGGACCAGAUUUAGUUGUGUGUGAUGAAGGCCAUAUUCUAAAGAAUGACCAGUCUGCCAUAUCCAAGGCCAUGAACAAGAUCAAGUCACAACGAAGAGUAGUGCUAACUGGAACUCCAUUACAGAAUAACCUGAUAGAAUAUCACUGCAUGGUCAAUUUUGUAAAACCUAAUCUGUUGGGAACAAGCAAAGAGUUUCGCAACCGAUUUGUCAACCCAAUCACAAAUGGACAAUGUGCUGACUCUACAGCUCACGAUGUGAAGAUCAUGAAGAGACGAGCUCACAUCCUCCAUGAGAAGCUGAAUGGAUGUGUACAGAGAAAAGACUACAGUUCACUUACAAAGUAUUUGCCUCCAAAACAUGAGUAUGUGAUCGCUAUUCGCUUAUCACCAAUGCAGAUAUCUCUGUAUGAAAACUACUUGCGUUUAGCUGGAUUUGGAACAGAUUCUGCGCCAAGGGCCAACCGUGGGGCCAAGCUGUUUGCCGAUUACCAGGCGUUAAUGCGAAUCUGGACACAUCCAUGGGUCAUGAAGAUGGAUGAAAUUCGUCAAGAAAAUAAGAAAAAGAAAAAAAACUUGAAGGGAAAGGUAUUGGAUAUGAUGUUUGAUGACGAGUCCGACUUUUUGGACGAUUCCAAUGACAGUGAUGGUGGCGGCUCCGAUUCCUCCAAUUCCUCCAGCUCGUCCUCGCCAUCCGAGGUUUCUGUGAAGUCCAAUUGUUCCGGAGGAAGCCGCAAGACCCGCAGCAAGAGAACGAAAACGGGAUCUGACCAGGAAGAGGAAGCCUCUGACAGCGAUUCAAAGAAGAAAGACGAAGUUGUCAAGAAAUGGACCACAAGAAGACAACGGGGUGACAUCAGUGAGCCAGAGGAGGAAAUGGGGCCUCAACCUGUCUCAACAGAGUGGUGGGCAGAAUAUGUCAAACCAGAGGAUGAGGAAAAAAUAGAGCUCAGUGGAAAACUAGUCCUGCUAUUUGAGAUUCUACGGAUGAGUGAGGAAAUAGGAGAUAAAGUGUUAGUUUUCAGCCAGAGUUUACUGUCCUUGAAUUUGAUAGAAAAGUUUCUGGAUCGAAUUGAUAAGAAACACAGAGAAGAAGCUGAAAAAGACAAAGACAAGGAAGAUGAAAAGAAAUCAGAUGAUGGCAAGAAGGAAGAUAAAAAGAAAUCAGAUGAUGAAAAGAAGGAAGAUAAAAAGAAAUCAGAUGAUGACAAGAAGGAAGAUGAAAAGAAAUCAGAUGAUGACAAUAAAAAUGAAGAAGGAGAGCAGUUUGGAAAGCAUUGGACCCUGGGAGAGGAUUACUUCAGAAUGGAUGGAUCUCAUAGUGCUCAGGCCAGGAAAGACAUGGCUUCAAAAUUCAAUGACCCAGAAAAUUAUCAAUGUAGACUAUUUCUGAUUUCCACAAGGGCUGGAGGUCUAGGAAUUAACUUGGUUGCUGCUAACAGAGUUAUCAUUUUUGAUGCUUCGUGGAAUCCCUCUCAUGAUGUGCAGUCCAUAUUCAGAGUCUAUCGAUUCGGACAAGACAAACCUGUUUAUGUUUACAGAUUUCUUGCUCAGGGAACUAUGGAAGAAAAGAUCUAUGAACGUCAGGUUACCAAACAGUCACUGUCCCAGAGAGUGGUAGAUGAACAUCAGAUAGACCGACAUUUCAAUUCCAAUGAACUUUCUGAGCUGUAUUCAUUCAAGCCAGACAGACUGGAUGACCCUAACAGAGUGGAAAAGACACCCAUGCUCCCAAAGGACUUUAUGCUUGCUGAGCUGAUGAAAUCACAGAAAGACUGGUUUGUCAAUUAUCACGAGCAUGAUUCCCUUCUGGAGAAUAAGAUCGGAGAAGAAUUGGAUGAGGAAGAGAGAAAGGCAGCCUGGGACGAGUAUGAAAAUGAAAGGAAGGGUGUUCUGCAGAUGAGGCAGAACUUCAUGGCAAAUAUGCCUAAUAUGGGUUUCAACAACAUGGUGCAGAAUAUGCAACAACAAUCCCAAAUGGGGUUCCCGUACGGUUACAAUCAGAUGUUCAAUAUGCAGGCCUUUACACAGCAGAAUCUUCUUCAGUUGGUUCAUGAUAUGAAAGAAAGGUAUCCACACUUGCCACAGGAACAACUUACACAGCAGGUUCAAACAGUUAUAAGACAGAUGGUGUCCCGACAAAUUGCAGCUCAACAGGAUGCUCAGAAAAGACAAAUGGCACAGAAAGAGCUUCAACAUCAGAGAGAACUACAAAGAAUUCAGAGCCAGAUUCGACAGCAACAGAUGCAGUUGAUGCAGGCCACGAUGGCUGGACAAGGAACAUCAGGACUUCAAGGGGAAGCCCGUGGUAUGCAGUCCUUGUUGAAUCCGCCAACAAAUAACAUGGCUCUAUACCAGCAGAGGAGAGAACCGAAGAAAUAAACCAUUUGCCUUUAGUGUGAUCUGACAUUCAUUUUCUCCCCAGCGGGAUUUGUAUUGAAUAAAUCAUCAUUGAAUCUGUGAAGUUCAUCAAAUGAUGUAGACAUGAUGAUCAUAUUUACUGUGCAUUUAGAUGAUGGUUUAAUACAAGUAAAUGAACUGGAAGUUCCUCUGCAUGGAACUUGAUUAUAUGUAGUUCACGUGUGGAGUUUAAGGUACCUCCCACAAUCUCUGCAUGUAUUUUCAUGUUCAGCCAACUUUUGAAAGCUGAAAUUUGUGUAUAUGGUCUUUGUAGUAGGAAAAUUGAAUGGGAAUUUUCCAUCCCAAGAGAUACCUAGUGGUACCUGCAGUUAGCAUUCGCCACUUAUUUAUUUAUGUUGUUCAUACUGUUUAUUGUUUUUAAUGUGUUAAGAAAUCAUAUUAUAUGAAUGAUUUCGAAGAAGAUAAUGACAUGUAUUAAUUUAAGCUUCAUCAGUGUACAUUUUUAGUGAUAUGGCAAGAAAUUUUCAUGCUUAUUUCACAGUAGUGAUCAUUUUGGGAAAACAUUUUUUUAGCUCAAGUGAGCUUUUCUGAUCACUUUUUUUUUUUUUUUGGUUAUCUAUCUGUCUGUCCGUAAACAAAAUGUCUCCUUCAAAGGGGAUAUAAUCACGAUUCUUGGGGAUAGAUUGGAGCCAGGAUAGGGUAUAAAGUUUUAUAUGCUGAUAUAUAGGAAAAAUCUUUAAAAGUGUCUCUUGAAAUAUUUAAGCUAGGGCUUUCAUAUAUUGUUUAUACAUCUUUACAGCAAGACCGUUCAUGUGAUGCAAUGGUAUUUGAUCCUGUGACCUUGACCUGGAAGUUUGACUUAAAUUUGAUCUAUUCAAUAUAUCUGGAACUAUUUCAUAUUUUGUAUAUAGGUUCUUUUUGGCAAGACAUUGUGACACAAUGGUGUUUGAUCUUUUGACCUUAAGAGGUUGACCUACUUUUAGAAAACCAGACCUAUUCAAUAUCUCCUGAACUAUUUAAAAUAGAGCAUUCAUGUUUGUAUAUAGAUUUCUUAUGGUGGGAUCUUUUCAUUUCAAACCAUGAUGUAUGACAGUGUGACCUUUGUCUUAACCAGAACAGCAAAGUCAUGUUAAUCAUGUUGGUGUUGAGGCAUAUCCAUGUUAAUAUGUGAAUUCAUUUUUAGUUAUAUCAAGAUUCUUUGGGGCUAGGUUGGGGCCACAAUAUGGGGUAAAAAAAAAUCAUGGGAAUAAAGAUUGAUUAAAAAUCACAACUGCCAACAACAGCAGAGUGAAGGUGACUCAGGUGAGCCAUGUGGUCCAUAGGCCUCUUGUAAAUAUAAAGUAUAAAUUUAAUAAGUCAUAUUUUUGGUCAAGCUAGUCUGCCAGAAUUUUGAUGUUUAUUUUUAUGGAGUGCCAAAUGAACAUAAACUCAAAUGAUUGAAGAUAUUUUUAAUUAUUCUAAGAUACCAUCAAUUCAACAAAUGCUUUGAAAUGAUGCAUGCAUUGAAUCAAGUAUUGCUCUCAUCAAUUCAAUAUCCUUAAAUGAAUAAAGAUAUGUCUUCAGUUAUUUGGGUUAAUGUUUAUUUGAUGUUCCAUAUAUUUUUGUUCGAUAAUUUAUUACAAACUUUCAAUGUUAUGAAUUUCCAGUUCGUAAUUUUUAGCCUUUCUGUCAUAUUCCUGUGAAGAUCCUUAAGACAUUUGAUAUUUUCUUAUUGAACUAAUAAAAAACUAGUGGUUGAAAGAAUUUGGAUUGUCAUGUUUGUUGAUAUUGUCUGUGUUUGGCCAGUUUUGGUCAUGGGAUGAAUAUAUCAAAGGUACAUGUCAUAUUCUAUUUUUAGAUUCUUUUUUUAGAUUGAUGUACAAUUGGUGGAAAUGUUUGCUAGUCAAUAUUGCAGCUGAUUGUCAAAAAACAUUUUGGUGCAAUUCUGCAUAUAUGUAAACAUUUAAAUACAAAUGAUUCAAUAAACAAAUUCAGAGAAAAUUAUA